CGUAACAAGUAGUCAAUUAGGAACUUGGAGAUUCUCGUCAAUGAAGUUUUGAAAUAACGAUUGAGAAAGCAGGCAGAUAGUUAGAGGAGGAGAGAGACAAAGAACACAAAAAAACACAAGUAUGACAGUUGCGGAAUUGGGACAGUUAAAUCUCGAAGAACUUCCGCCAUUGCAAGGGGUCACUCGCACCGUUGAUUGCUUCCAAAAAUUGGAGCAAAUUGGUGAAGGAACUUAUGGACAGGUAUACAUGGCCAAAGAAGUCACGACUGGGGAAAUUGUUGCUUUGAAAAGAAUAAGAACAGAAAAUGAAAAAGAGGGGUUUCCUAUUAGUGCUAUCAGGGAGAUCAAAAUUUUGAAUAGGUUGCAUCAUGAAAACAUAGUAAAAUUAAAAGAGGUUGUAAUGUCUCAAGAUGGGGAUAAGGAACUAGCUGCCAGUAAGGAUACUUCGGGUAAUGACAAGUACAAUGGUGGUGUUUACUUGGUGUUUGAGUACAUGGAUCAUGACUUGACAGGGCUCUCAGAUCGUCCUGGCCUGAGAUUCACUGUUCCUCAGAUCAAGUGCUAUAUGAAACAGUUGCUGACUGGGCUCCAUUACUGUCAUGCCAAUGAAGUGCUUCAUCGGGAUAUUAAAGGGGCUAAUCUUCUCCUAAACAAUAAUGGAAGCUUGAAGCUUGCUGAUUUUGGGCUUUCAUGCUCCUCUAAUCUUAAGAACGGAAAUUUCACUAAUCGUGUAAUCACUUUGCCAUAUAGACCUCCUGAGUUGCUGCUUGGAGCCACAAAUUAUGGUCCAGCUGUUGAUGUAUGGUCUGCUGGUUGCAUCUUUGCCGAGCUUUUGCAUGGAAAGCCCAUUAUGUAUGGAAGAAAUGAGCCAGAGCAACUGCACAAAAUAUUUGAGGUCUGUGGAAGUCCUGAUGAAGUUAACUGGCCUGGUGUUUCCAAAAUUCGUUGGUAUAAUAACUUUAAGCCUGCGAGGCCUAUGCGUCGACGUCUACGGGAGGUCUUCAGACAUUUUGAUGCACAUGCUCUUGAUUUACUGGACAAAAUGCUGAUUCUUGAUCCGUCCAAGAGGAUAUCUGCUAACGAUGCACUUGCUGCUGAAUAUUUCCGGAUGGAGCCGUUACCUUGUGAUCCAAAGAGCUUACCAAAAUAUGAAUCAUCGCACGAGUUCCAAACAAAGAGGAAGAGGCAGCAGCAGCGGUUGAAGGAGGAAACUGCUAGAAGACAGAACUUGCCUUGUCCGCAGCCUCAUGCCCGUCUUCCCCCCAUCCAAAAUAGUGGGCAUAUCGUCCAAGGGCAUCGGCAUUCCAUGAACCAACUGCCACGACCAAUACCCACUGGACCACCUAGCAACACAUAUGGUGAUCCACUUGUUGCAGGAUUAUCAAAUAGGUUUCCUGCCAGUGGAAAUCCGACGACUGGAUAUGUCCCGACCCACAGUGUUCAAGCUCAAGCUGGUGGUAUGUCUACAGGGCCAUAUCCUCCUCACGUGCGGGCUGCUCCAUAUGCUGUAAAUAAUAUGACUAACAGAUCAAGCACUCCUAGUUAUGUACCUGGACCACCGGGUUUCUCACAUAGACCUCCAAAUCCGAUGGCUAGCAAUCGAAAUCAGCAAUAUGGCUGGCAACAAUGAAGUUAUAUAGGGUUUUUAUUUCUUGGUAUAAGACACUGAAUAAAGUUAUAACUUGAAGCUAAUUAAACGGCUAGGCUCUGUGAGCUAGUCAGCAAAGAAAGUGGUGGUUCACUUGUAUAUAUGAAAGUCUAGGUUUUUUUUGUGUUUUGUUAUAUUGUCUUCUCUUUUGUAGUUUAUUCUCUCUUUUUUCGCUUGCUUUCCCUAUUCCUGUGUAAAGCAGGCUCAUAUUUUUUCACUUGUAAUGCUCUUCCUGGUAGCUUCAGAAAAUUGGUGUGUUUUAGUUGGUGUGAUAGAUAUAAAAAUAUGUUAUUUUUCUGAGUG